AUAAACCAGCUGGGACUUAGACUGUUUUCUUCUGUUCUGACCUAUCACCUUCUGCAGCAACAAAUUUGCCAGACCUAGAAGAACAAAGAAAAUGGCACCUCGUGAAAAGAUGUCAAAUGCCUUGCCGUUUGUCUUGCUCUUCCUGUUUCCAAUGCUGCUGUCAGGAGCUUGGUUUCCCAGAAGUUUACCCUGUGAUGUCAAAGCCUCUGAAGGUACUGUGUCAGUGGACUGCACCGAUCGGCGUCUCAUAGAAGUCCCCAGUGGGAUCCCUGCAAACGCUACCAACCUCACCCUGAAUAUUAACCAUAUCCCUCAUAUCUAUCCCACAUCCUUUGCUCAUCUCCAGAAUCUUGUGGAGAUUGAAUUCCGGUGCAACUGUGUGCCUGUCAGAAUGGGGCCCAAAGAUCGAGUGUGCAACAGGAGUCCAAAGAUUGAGAAUGGCACUUUUGCUGUCUUGACGAGGUUGAAGUCAUUGUAUUUGGAUGCAAACCAGCUGUUGGAAGUACCCCGGGGCCUUCCCAUGACUUUAAGUCUGCUGAGCCUGGAAGCAAACAGUAUCUUUUCUAUCCAAAAAGCCAACUUGUCAGAGCUAGGGAACAUAGAAGUAUUGUAUCUGGGACAGAACUGCUACUACCGUAAUCCGUGCAACGUUUCCUUUGAAAUUGAAGAAACGGCCUUUCUGGAGCUGAAAAAGUUAACCAUACUCUCCCUGAAGGCCAACAACUUGACUCGUGUUCCACCCAAUUUGUCACCCACUUUAAAGGAAUUCUAUAUCUACAAUAACAGGAUUCAGGUGAUUGAAGAGCAGGACUUAAGUGGCCUUCACAACCUAGAAAUUCUUGACCUCAGUGGCAAUUGCCCACGUUGCUAUAACGCCCCAUAUCCUUGUACUCCCUGCCCCAAGACCACCAUUGAGAUACACUCAAAGGCUUUCUAUUCCCUGACAAAUUUAAGAGUUUUGCGACUUCACAGCAAUUCUCUUCAGAGCAUACCCAGCAGCUGGUUUAAAAACACCAGGAACCUCAAAGAGCUUGACCUCUCCCAAAAUUUCCUCAUCAAGGAGAUUGCAGACGCUCAGUUUUUGAAAUUAAUCCCCAGCCUUAUGGUGCUUGAUCUGUCCUUUAAUUUUGAACUGAAGAUGUAUCCUUCAUCCCUGAACCUGUCCAAGACAUUUUCUUCCCUCUCUAAUCUGGAAACACUGAGGCUCAGGGGCUGUGUCUUUAAAGAACUGAGAGCAAGAAAUCUGGGUCCGUUGCUCAGCCUUCAAAAUCUGACAGUCUUGGAUCUUGGGACUAAUUUUAUUAGAGUUGCUGACCUGAACGUGUUCAAGCAAUUCCCAGCUCUUAAGCUCAUAGACCUCUCUGUGAAUAAACUUUCACCUUCCUCAGGGGAAAGCAACUUUUAUGGAUUUUGCUCUAAUCCUGGCAUUUCAGUGGAGCAAUACAACAGGCAAGUGUUGCAAGAGAUGCAUUAUUUCAAGUAUGAUGUGUAUGGGCGAAGUUGCAGGUCCAAAGACAAAGAGGCUGCUUCCUACCAAUCUUCCGUUAAGGAAGACUGCCUGAAAUAUGGAGAAACUCUGGAUUUAAGUAGAAAUAACGUAUUUUUUAUUGAUCCCCCAGACUUCCGUGGUCUUAGUUUCCUCAAAUGCCUCAACUUGUCAGAUAAUGCAAUAAGUCAAACUUUAAACGGAAGUGAAUUCUCCUACUUGCCUGAAUUGAAAUACCUGGAUUUCUCUAACAACAGGAUUGAUUUGCUGUAUUCAACUGCUUUCAGUGAGCUAAAGGUUCUAGAAAUUCUUGACCUGAGCAAUAACAAGCAUUAUUUUCUGGCAGAGGGUGUUUCUCAUGUGCUUAAUUUUAUGAAAAACCUGCCCCAACUGAAGAAGCUGAUGAUGAAUGAGAAUGAGAUUUCCACCACCAUUAACACAGGAAUGGAAAGUCAGUCUCUUCAGAUUUUGGAAUUCCGAGGAAAUCGUUUAGAUGUUUUAUGGAGAGAUGGGAAUGCCAAAUACUUGUCAUUCUUUCAGAACCUGACCAGCCUGGAACAAUUGGAUAUUUCUUUCAACUCCCUCACUUUUGUGCCUCGUAGUGUCAUUGAAGCUCUGCCUCUAGAACUCAAGGUCCUCAACUUAACCAACAAUGGAAUGAAGAAAUUCACCUGGAACAGCCUCCAGUAUCUGAAGAAGCUAGUAACUCUGGACCUCAGCAAUAACCUUCUGGCUACUGUUCCCCAAGAACUGUCCAACUGCUCUUCAACACUCCGAGAACUGAUGCUCCGGAACAACCGCAUUACACGCCUGACCAAACAUUUCCUCAGAGGCGCUUUUACCUUGACAUACUUGGACCUCAGCUCAAACAAGAUUGAAGUAAUUAGGAAAUCUAGCUUUCCUGAAAAUGUCAUUAACAACCUGAAGAUGCUGCUUUUGCACAACAAUCCUUUCAAGUGCAAUUGUGAUGCCGUGUGGUUUGUUUGGUGGAUCAAUCAGACUCAAGUGACUAUUCCUCUUCUGGCCACAGACGUGACCUGUGCUGGCCCAGGGACACAUAAAGGAAGGAGCGUGGUUUUCUUGGAUCUGUACACUUGUGAUCUGGACACCUCCUACGUCAUCCUGUAUGCUCUGUCAGCUUCCACUGUCCUGGGCUUUAUGGUGGUCACAGUGAUGAGCCACCUCUAUUUCUGGGAUGUGUGGUACAGUUACCAUUACUGCACAGCCAAGUUGAAGGGCUAUCGGCGUUUAUCUCUGCCAGAUGCUUGCUAUGAUGCUUUUAUUGCCUAUGACAGUAAAGAUCCAGCUGUGAACGAGUGGGUGAUGAACGAACUGGUUGAGAAGCUGGAAGAUCAAAAAGCCAGACAGUUCAAUUUGUGCCUGGAAGAAAGGGACUGGCUGCCAGGACAGGCAGUCUUUGACAACCUCUCCCAGAGCAUUCAUCUGAGCAAAAAGACCGUUUUUGUGCUGACCAAUAAGUAUAUUAAAAGUGGCAGCUUCAAGACAACAUUUUACAUGGCCCACCAGCGACUUCUGGAUGAAAAAAUUGAUGUCAUUAUCUUAAUAUUUCUUGAGAAGGUUUUGCAGAAGUCCCGAUAUGUCCGACUGAGGAAGAGGUUGUGCCAAAGUUCUGUCCUGGAAUGGCCAACCAACCCUCGGUCUCAGCCCUACUUCUGGCAGUGCCUGAAAAACGCCAUAGCUACGAGCAAUAUACUGGCCUACAACAAGCUGCUCCAAGAAACUGUUUAGCUCUGCCUUUCCCUGUAAAUACUCUUAUGUGGCACGGGGAGCACAAGAUCCUAAACUUCAUUUGGAGAAACUAUUGAAGCAUGGAGGACAAAUGCAAUUGUGAUUUUUGUACCCCAAACCAAAAUGCCCAGGUCACUUGUUUUGCCGUGACAAGACUGAAGCCAAACUGUCAGCAGCACAGAUAUUUAGCCGACCUGCUCCUUGCUUGGCGCUUAUGACUGGCCAGCAAGAGAAGAUGCACUACGACUGGAAGUGACUGGUUUAAAACAGAACCAUCGCUUCCAUCUUUCGGUUCACUGGAUGCCUCCAGCAUCUCCUGUGCUUGGGUCAAGCAUGGGUAAGAGACUUGCUCAGCUUACUCUAGUACACAGACUUCAAGAGAAGAUGCAGUACAACUGGAAGUGCCUGGCUUAGAAUUACCACAUCCAUCUUUCCGUUCACUGAAGGUCUGCAACAUCUCCUGUACUCAGUUUAAGCUUGAGUAAGACAGUUGCUCAGCUUUUUUAGCCAGGAGUUCGGCUGUGCCUAAAGGUGCUGCUGUUGAAAUCACUGUUUGAGUAAA